AUGGACAACAAUAAAAAUAAUAAUAGAAUCACCCUACCUUCAAUACGAGAUCUACAAACAGACUUAUCACCUUCCUCCUCCCCUCCUACUCAGCCUCUUCAGCUUGCUUUACCUCGAAUAUCAACAGCGCACGCCAGAUCGCCCAGCCAGUCGUCGAUAUCCACCCCUUCGCAAUACAUGCUGUCACCCCAGCUGCCCCCUCCCCGUCAAUACACCUACUCCCAGCAGCAUCCGUACUCGAUGCCCCACCCGUACAUGGGGGCCUACCGUCACGACCCGUUCGACCAUGUCGACUACCUUGCUCAUUCCCCAACCUAUCCACUUCCUCCUCCGUCGGCCUCUGCACCGUACCCGGUUUCGCAGCCACCAAUGAUCAUUCCGACCCCACCGCAAUCUUCCACCAGAUACGACUCCAAGUCCAGCACGGCCUGGACCCCCGAGGACGAUAAGUUGCUCCGGAUGCUCAAAGAGGAAAAGAACUACGGAUGGAGAGAGAUCGCAUCGUAUUUCCCGAACAGAACGCUCAACGCGUGUCAAUUUCGUUGGAGACGGCUUGUAGUGGGUGUGGCCGGGAAGAGGGGAUCGGAGGGAUCUGUGUCACCAAAGAGAACCCGAUCUAGAGUGCAUUCCCAGGACGGUGAAGAUUCGGAAUCGGAAAAAAGCAAAGACAAAAUAAGCGAUAAAGAAAAGGAGAAAGAGGGCAAGCUCGUCCUUCUUCUUGAUAGCGUAGGAGGUGGAAGAACCCUUAGCAGCAUUGAUCAACUCUUCAGCAAGACAUUCGGCAAUGGUCUUGACGUUUCUGAAAGCAGCCUCUCUAGCACCAAUAGUGAGCAGAGCAAUAGCCUGGUUGACUCUUCUGAGUGGAGACACAUCGACGGCUUGUCUUCUAACGGUACCGGCAGAUCCAAUUCUUGUGGAGUCUUCUCUUGGACCGGUGUUGACAAUAGCGUCAACAACAACCUGGAGUGGGUUCUGGUCGGUCAAGACGUUGAUGAUCUCCAUGGCGUGCUUGACGAUUCUAACAGCCUUGAGCUUCUUACCGUUGUUUCUACCGUUCAUCAUCAAGGAGUUGGUCAAUCUCUCGACAAUAGGACAUUGAGCCUUUCUGAAUCUCUUGGAAGCGUAUCUUCCGGCAGUGUGGGAGACGUAGACUGGUUGUCUGAUCUGGAUGUAGUCAGUCAAAGAGAUGUCCUUGACGGUGACAUCUUCAAAAGACCAUUUGUUGAACAACUUGACCUCUUGGGCGCCAACUUGGAUAUCUUUUGGGAUAGGAGUGGCAAGCUCGACGAACUUCACCUCAACUGGUUCAGAGACGAUCUCUUCUUCGUAUCCUUCAACUGGUUGUGCUUCAACUUCAGACAUGGUUAA